UAACGGUGACAGAGUUAAAAAAAAACUCGCUAAAAUAGACGGAGGAAAAAGUCUCAAACUUGACGGCUAAGUUAACGGCGACGUUCACACAAGAGAACAAGCUACAUACAAGCUUCAUCAUCACCUUCACUGUAAAGAUUCGAUUCCUCAAUCACCCCAAAGAAGCAAAAUCCAUAAAAAGUCCAGAAUCCAAAGCAAUCAAGUCUCAACCCUUUUUCUCAAAAAUCCCAUCUUUUCCGCUUCCGAUGAACUCCGAAUCGUCGGCGGCUGCAGACGGCGGCGAGCAAGCCGUUUCCGCCGCGGGAACGAGCGCUGCUGGUCACGACAAACAGAAGGAGAAGGCACGCGUGAGCAGAACGUCUCUGAUCCUGUGGCACGCGCACCAGAACGACGCGGCUGCGGUUCGGAAACUCCUGGAGGAGGAUCCGUCUCUGGUUCACGCUAGAGACUACGACAAGCGGACGCCUCUCCACGUGGCCUCGCUUCAUGGGUGGAUCGAUGUUGUUGAUUGUCUGCUGGAGUUUGGUGCUGAUGUCAACGCUCAGGACAGGUGGAAGAACACUCCUCUGGCUGAUGCGGAAGGUGCUAGGAAACAGAAAAUGAUUGAGCUGCUGAAAUCUCAUGGCGGUUUAUCUUAUGGUCAGAACGGGAGUCACUUUGAACCAAAGCCUGUGCCACCACCAAUUCCAAAGAAAUGUGACUGGGAAAUUGAACCUGCUGAGCUUGAUUUCUCCAAUGCAGCCAUGAUUGGAAAGGGUUCCUUUGGUGAGAUAGUGAAAGCUUAUUGGAGAGGGACACCAGUAGCUGUUAAACGUAUUCUUCCGUCUCUUUCAGAUGAUAGACUUGUUAUUCAGGACUUCAGGCAUGAGGUUGAUUUGCUAGUUAAGCUUCGCCAUCCGAAUAUAGUGCAGUUCUUAGGAGCGGUAACCGAAAGAAAGCCCCUUAUGUUAAUCACCGAGUACUUACGCGGGGGAGAUCUUCAUCAGUACCUCAAAGAAAAGGGUGGUCUUACUCCAGCUACUGCUGUCAACUUUGCCUUGGAUAUCGCUAGAGGGAUGACAUAUCUUCACAAUGAACCUAAUGUUAUCAUUCACCGAGAUCUUAAACCAAGGAAUGUUCUUCUGGUUAACUCCAGUGCAGACCACUUGAAAGUUGGAGACUUUGGUCUUAGUAAGCUAAUAAAGGUUCAAAACUCUCAUGAUGUUUACAAAAUGACUGGCGAAACCGGAAGCUACCGGUAUAUGGCUCCUGAAGUAUUCAAGCAUAGAAAAUACGACAAGAAAGUCGAUGUCUUCUCCUUUGCAAUGAUACUCUACGAGAUGCUUGAAGGAGAGCCACCGUUUGCGAACUACGAGCCAUAUGAAGCAGCUAAACAUGUAUCAGGUGGACACAGACCUUCUUUCCGCUCCAAAGGAUGCACACCUGAUUUAAGAGAGUUAAUAGUGAAAUGCUGGGACGCAGACAUGAACCAGAGACCAUCGUUUCUGGACAUCCUCAAGAGACUUGAAAAAAUCAAGGAAACUCUACCAUCGGAUCACCACUGGGGCUUAUUCACUUCAUAAAUACCCCAAAAUCCAAGCAUGAGAGUUAACAUUAUGUGUUUGGUUAUUACUAUUCUAUGUUUCUUAUCUCUUUUGUAAAGAUUGUUUGAUCUUUUUCCUUUUCUCAUUUGUUUCACAGUACACAACUAGAAAGGGUGACAAAAACAAAACAGAAAAAAAAAGCUUUUGGAUUGUA